AUGCCUCGUGUCUAUCCCCCGAUCGAGGGGAGACAGGCUGGUGCCGGUUUGUCUCCUUCACUCAUAGAGACUGUCGCCGGCUUCAGCGCUGGAAUUAUUUCUACUCUGGUUGUUCAUCCAUUCGAUGUCGUCAAAACACGCCUGCAGGUGGAUCCAAGCACAACCAGCCAUCUGGGCGACUCGGUGCGCAUCGUCAAGAACAUUGUCAGAAAUGAGGGCGGCUAUUCAGCUUUGUACCGUGGUCUUAUGCCCAACAUGGUGGGAAACUCUGUCAGUUGGGCCUUGUACUUCCUCUGGUACGGCAAUAUCAAAGACCUGAUCAAGACCGCUCGUGGCAACCCAGACGUCCUUACAUCCUACGAUUAUUUUCUCGCUUCUGGUACCUCUGGAAUAUUGACUGCACUCUGCACCAACCCCAUAUGGGUCAUCAAGACGCGCAUGCUAUCUACCUCGCGUGAUGCGCCUGGCGCUUACAAGUCGAUCCGUCAAGGAACAACACAUCUUUGGAAGACAGAGGGCUUGAAGGGAUUCUAUCGCGGUCUCAUACCAUCUUUGUUUGGCGUCAGUCACGGUGCUAUCCAAUUCAUGGCAUACGAACAACUCAAGAACCAUUGGAGCACAAGUCGGGGUGGCAGAGAUAACCUUACCAAUCUGGAUUUCCUAUUGCUGAGCGCCGCCAGCAAGAUGUUUGCUGGUAGUGUAACUUAUCCCUACCAGGUUGUGAGGGCACGUCUUCAGACAUAUGAUGCCGACUCGCGUUACAAAGGUGUGAGAGACGUUGUCAAACAAGUCUUUCAGAAAGAAGGCCUCAAGGGGUUCUACAAAGGCCUUGGACCCAACAUUGUACGCGUCCUUCCCUCGACUUGCGUAACCUUCCUGGUAUACGAAAACACCAAGUUCUACCUGCCUCGCCUCUACCAGUCCUACCAGGAGAUCAAAGGUGCCGACUGA